AUGGAACCACGGCCCACCGCGGGAUCAAGUUUGGCAGAGCGCAGACGCAGAACUAGCUUUCAACUUCCGGAAUUUCAUGCAGUGAAUCGAAGUUGGACUGAGUUCUCUGCCAAUGUCCAGCAGCAUGUUGCAGCCGGUACACCCACCAAACUUCCUGACAAUGUCAACUCUCCUGUCAGUACUCCUGAUGCUUUUAAGCAUCUACAGCAGCACCGAAAAUAUCUGAGUGGGGACCACUCUACUAAAGAGUCCGACAUUGAGCAGUAUAUUCGAAGUUCGAGAACGCAACGGACAUUAAACGGGAAUCAAAGUUCUCGCGGCAUUGGGCAUUUUCUUCUAAGUUCAGGAUCGCCACCGUUAUUUAGCGGGAAUCAAAAUUCUCACAACAUCGGACAUCACCUUCGAAGUUCGGGAACGCAACCGCUAUUUAACGGGGGUCAAAGUUCUCACAACAUUGUUCCAUAUUCCGCAAAAGCUACUUCUAUGCCAACAAUGUCCAAUCUCCGAGCACGCUGGGAGAUGCAGGGAACACUUGAUUCAACGCCAGAAAGCAACAUGUCAGACUUGACUAGCACAACACAACCUCGCCUCGAAGCGAAUCACACUCAAGAGGAUUCCGUGAUCAUGGACCAACCGCCUGCGAAGCGAAGACGCACUACAAAGGCUAGUGAGAAGAAGCCUCCAAAGCCAAAGGCGGAGAAGAAUCCCAAGCCUCCAAAGACACCUAAGGCGCCUACGCCAAAGACUCCAAAGACUCCCAAAACCCCCAAGACUCCUACAAAUCCUACUCAAACAAAGAUGAAGAAAGCCAAGACAUCCAAAGUCGACGUCCACGAAGACGAUGGAGCUAUUGGUGAAAUCAGCGGCAAUAUGCAAGGACAAGACGUGGCUGCGGAAGCAGGCUCGAACGUGCCGUCUACCUCACGCAACGGUGGCCUGAAUCAAGAGAUAUACGCUGCGCUGAAUAGCCAGUAUCAAGAUGAGAUGGGGGAUGACGGACUUGCUGACGAUGGUCCAUCCCUCCUCAAUUUGCUAUCUUAUUCUAAGACCGGAGAGCUACAAUACACCUACAAGACUGAUGACCCUGAGCUCAUGCUCCGAGAAUAUCAACGCAUGAAUACCGAGGUUGCCUCUCAACAUGCAAACAUGCCAUCGCUACAGGGCUCUCAUGAUCAAUCAGAUCUGUUGCCUCCAAUUCCGGAUGUGUGCUUUCCUCAGCCAAGCUUCAACUACCAAGUCUCAUCAUCACCAAUGCAAGGGAACAACAGCUAUGAACAGCAAAGCUUCAAGGAGGGUACUUUGACACCCCAAAUGCAAGGGAAUAGUGUCUGCCCGAAACAAAACAAUGGCACAGGACAUCAAACAAAUCAUGGAAAUGGUCAACUACGCACACCUCAAAUGAGCCAGAACUUUAACCAAUCUCCGAGACACUACGCCAGCAUGAUCAUAGCAUCCUCGAUGCCAAGGAGCACCAACAACAACAGUUCAUUCAACUCUCCAUCUAUGGAACAGCCAGGCCCAUCCACUUUCGAUCCCAGUGUCUUCUUCGAUCACUCGAAUCUUCGGUCCAUGAACACUUACUUCUCACCCAAUACGGGCCCUUUCAAUAAAUAUCCCCCCAACUAUAACAUGGAUCAUAUGAUCGGUUACUCCAACCAGGUCAACAUAGCCCCAAUGAAUGACUAUACUGCCAUUGACAAUGGUUUUCAAAUGGCUCCUGGUAAUGCUCGACCAAGCUUGGCCCCUGGAUCAGUCACUGCAAGCAAUGGGAACUUCAUGAGAAAUCAACAAGCAAGACUGGCGACCAACUAUAGCAAUCUGGACCGCGCCCACCAGAUAGGUGGCCGUCCACGACCAAGACAGAAUCACAACCUUGCCAAUCCAGAUAACAUGAAUCGGAUGAUUGGUCUACCUCCAUCUGCUCCUAUGCCCGGCAACUUGGGAAACGGAAAUCAAAUGCACAAUGGUGUUUAUCAACAAAGAUCGACUUCUGCUUUCGAUGAUAUGGGCAACUCUACGCACAUGACUGGAGACAUGCAAACUCGUCCAUCUGCCACCUCAGAGAACAUGGAAGAUACCAAGCAGAUGAAUGAUAGCUUACUACAACGACUUGCUACUGCGUUUGAGACCAACAUCAAUCAGUCUGGUAGCAUUCAACAAGAACCGACAUCUGAGCUUGCUGCCACGAACUUCGACAUGACGAUCUUACCAGAAUCAGGUCUCGACAAUGAUCCCUUCGGAGAUGCUGCCGCACUUCGCUCACUUGGCUUGGACCCAGAUGCAUUUAUCAUGCAAGACGGUAUCCCAGACUUCUUGCUAAACCCGACAAUGACCAGCCUCGAUGCUACUGUCGUUCCGACCCACAAUGUUGCUCCAUCGCCAUCUGUUGCUGGGUUCGACAUUACUAUCAAGCCAGGAGACUCCCUUGAAGUACAGACAUUGAAGCGUAUGUUGGCAGAGGCUCUGGGGUCCAACAAUCACAAUUACCAACCACAAGACUUCACUGUCCCACAACAAGACUCAACUCAAUCUGCGGACCACCCAACUCAACAAUUUACUCUACCAAUAUCAGACAACAAACUCCUCGAAGAACUCCUCAACACCACCUCAAACCUACAAGAACUCAAUCAAAUCACUCCCCUCGACCUAACAGGCUUCGUCACUCCCGGCAUGCCAGACCCCUUCUUCGACGAAUUUCGAGCCGCUGGAAUCGAAUUCGACGAAACCCUUGCAUCAACCCUCGAACCCCCCGGAUCACUCAACUAGGCCGAAAACCAGUUGACAUGUACGAAUAACGAAGAAAAGUUUUUCCUUUCACUUUCAUGCAUGGCUUUCUAAUUGCGUUGUUAUUGAGGAUGCGAAGACGGUGCGGUUCUGAAUGGUAAGAUAGAGCGAUUAUUGCGUUGCGUUAUUAGCCUUCUGAAUGGAUCAAG